AUGGUACCAGUUUCUGGAGAGGUCCCUAAGAACCCAGUGGUGACGAAAACGGGACAUGUGUAUGAAAGGUCGCUGUUGGAGACAUAUGUGAAGGAAACAGGCAAUGAUCCAGUGACGGGAGAAGCUAUUAAUCUCGAGGAAGAUAUAAUUGUGAUCCAGGCAAGCAGUCCCAGCGCUGAAGGAGCUACUAAUGGGACAGUAAUCCACCCCAAACAGCCAACGCUGACAUCAAUUCCUUCAUUACUAUCGUCAUUACAAUCAGAGUGGGAUGCUCUAAUUCUAGAGACGUUUUCUUUGAAACAACAACUGCUGAAAACUCGGCAGGAACUGUCGACUGCGUUAUAUAUCAACGAUGCAGCGGUUCGUGUCAGUGCACGAUUAACAAAAGAAAGAGACGAGGCAAGAGAAGAAUUAGCGAAAUUAGCUGCUAGUCUGGGUAGUGUGGCCAGUUCUGGUGCGAAUACUUCAAGUAUGGAUGUGGACGCAAAUGGACAAGAAGGAGAAGAGAGCCAACCCAGUGUAGCAUUGCCAAGCGCGUUUAUCGAGAAAAUCACCAGCAAAUCACAGGUGCUUGCCAGUACACGAAAAGCCAACUCGAAGAAAGAAUUACCUGCCGAGCACACUACAGUGGAGGGACUGGGUAAAUUUGUUGAAUCUUUCAAGUCAAAGCAAUUAUUUGCAUCUGUAUCGCACUUAUCGGUUAACGAAGAGACGGGCGAUGUAGUUACAGGAGGUGGCAAGUCUCAAGGUGGAAUUUUUUCAACAUCGGAAAAGGCGCUAAUUGGAGACAAUUUCCAAGCCAGUGGAAUUGUCACUGGUGUCUGUUGGGACAACGAAGCAUUUGCAGUUGCAACAAAGGCCGGUGUGGUGGAUUAUUAUCAAGCAGACCGCACUUCUAAGCCUAUUCACAUCUCUUCUAAUCAACCAUUAAUAUCUAUUGCCAGCUUUCCUGCUGGACAGCUCGUUGUCACUGCUGAUAAAAAUGGCACCUGGUACGUCGUGGAUCUUGAGUCGGGCACUGAGUUGAGCUCAAUUAGCAACGGCAGUCCUGUCACUUCACUCGCAGUUCACCCUGAUGGUGAAUUAGUAGCAGUGGGGUCUGCUGAUGGAAACAUCCGUAUCCACAAGGUCACUGAUGAAGACUUCAGUGAACCAGCUGCCGUGUUCCCAACCGGUUCAGACGACUCGCCGGCCGGUUCUGUCACGAGUCUGUCAUUCUCGGAGAACGGCUACUGGCUGGCGGCUUCGUCUUCCAGUCUCGUUGGCCAAGUGCAAAUUUGGAACUUGCGAAAGCUGUCUCUUCUCACAACUGUGCCUUUCGAGACAUUAAACUCGGAAAUCCUAUCCAUAAAAUUCGACCCCUCGGGGCAAUAUCUGGCUGCUGCCUCUUCAGAGGGAAUUGAGGUCGCUGCAUACAAUAAACAGGGCAAGUCAUGGACCCCUGGCGUCCUGACGUCUUCAGCAGGAGCCGUAGACCUCGGAUGGACCACCCACGCCAAGAGCUUGGUCUCGAUCACCUCAAAAGGCAGCAUACACAUAUUCGAGCAAAGCGAGUAG